AUGGAGGUGGCGGCGGCGGCGGGGGUGUACGAGGAGAUGCUGCGGGUGGUGGAGGCCUGCGCCGCCCGCAUCCGGUGGCGCCUCCGCCCACAAUCCAAGCGCCGCCUCCUCAACGAUAUCAUGUUCCUCUGCACCGGGUUGCGGCCUGUUAUACUGAUGGACUACGGCGGCACGAUGCCUCAGCUACAGGACAAUCUCUGCAGCCUGCUGCACCAUGCUCGGCAGGAAGCAAGGAUCUUGAAUCCGCUAAGGGUGAUGGUUAUCAAAGAUAUGCUCUAUUUGAUUCACGUACAAGGACUUGCUGAACACGUGUCACCAAAUGGAAGGUCACAGUACCAGCUAGCUUUUGUGGACCUAGAGAAAAGCUAUUGCAAACUUCUUGCAAACACAGAAAAGAAUGAAACCAUGGUGGAGCUUUUAUCCGUCCAGGAUCGUUUUUCAGCUAAAUUCCCUGUUGAAGCAGAUGUAGAACCUGGAACAGCAAAGCAGAAGUCGGGACUUCCAGAGAGAGACACUGAUGUGGAGUGCACUGGCAUCAGUAUUGCUGACGCGACCUCACUGGUUGUUGAUCUGAGUGCCUUCCUAGAGGGUACCCGAAUUGCACUGCCUUCUCUGAAUGGGUGGCUUUUGGGUUAUCCUGUAACAUAUUUGUUUCGCAAUGAAAGUGGUGAGGCGGCCACUCAGAAUCUCUCCAAGCACUCUCUUCACAUCUACAGGAUAUAUGUGGUCAGAAAUCGCCAUUCAGAUGCUAAACAAUCAGAAGAGGAACUGCUGAGUUUUUCAGUUCCGUGUGACAUGAGCGCGAAACGCGACGAAGAACCAUGGGCCAAGUCAUUUCUAGCUGGCAUAAACGGGAAGCUUGAGCGAUGCAGCCACGUCUGGGCCUCGGCGCGUCUGGAGAUCGAGGUCUUCCGAAGCCAGUCCGGGGUCAUCGUGUUGUAA